GUCUUACAGUAACUCCGCGAUGGCAGCGACCUUGUGUCCAACGUGGUGUUUGUAGAAUUUUAUAUUAUUCACACACCUAAAAUGCUCGUAUAUGUACCACACGGAAUGACUGUUUGGUGUUUGUAGGGACCAUUUCAACGCUAACAUUAUGCUUCCCCUCAUUAAAGCUGCUGCCGGCGGGCUGACCGGAAUCUGUCAAACCAGCAGUCACCUACAAGGUCCUUUGCACAGCUGCUUGAAAGUCCUCUCUGCAGGGCUGAAGACAUAUGAAAUCCCUCCAGACUACAGUGAUGUGGUGCUGCCAGACAAGCCCAAACUGAAGUUUUUGAACAAGGUGCCGAACUUAAAAAAGGCCAAGAAAGAGGCAAAGAAGCUGUGGGAUAUCCAGGGCCCAGCUAAGUCUGCAAAUACCUUCACCACGGGACAGUACGCUAUUGUGGCCAUGGGAGGCGGGUACCUCCACUGGGGUCAUAUAGAGAUGAUGCGUCUUACCAUCAAUCGAAAGAUGGACGCCCGGACCACGUUUGCAAUGUGGCGCAUCAACGCCCCUUACAAGCCCAUCACGCGGAAAGGUCUGGGUCAGCGCAUGGGUGGGGGCAAGGGAGCCAUCGACCACUACGUGACACCGGUUCGUUACGGACGUUUGAUCGUGGAGGUGGGAGGAAAGGUGGAGCUGGGCGAGGUCGAGCACAUCUUGACUGAAGUGGCAAAGAAGCUUCCUUUUCCUGCGAAGGUAAUGAGCAAAGAGAGUCUAGCAGCCCUGCAAAAGAAACAAGCUGACAUGGAGCAGAACAACCAGAAUCCCUGGACCUUUAAGAAGAUCGCACAGGGCAACAUGCUGGGCAUCAGAAGGGUGCUCAGCCCCUUCGACCUGCACAACCACGGACGCUUCACGGGCAAAUUUCACUUUCCACAGAGGGUGUGACACACCUGAGGGACUGAAAUUUAAUAGUGUUGUAAUGUGAAGAAGAUUCUGGAAUUCUGAAAUGCUCCAUCUUUCAGUUGUAUCUCGGAAUCUUCUGUCAUCUUUUUUGGUUUUUGUGUGUUUUUCCAAUUAUGUUAGCAAAUAUAUCAUGUUCUUAAAGUGGUGUU